AUGGGCGUCAACAAGAUUGUCGCGGGCGCAGAACACAACAUACUCCACAUCACUCGUUCCCAUGGCGCAACUUGCGUAAGAGUCUUUGAUUCGAUUUUCCCGGAGAAGCUGGACUCUAACUACUUGGGCGUGCUAGUAGAUAUGGCUGAUGGCAGUACGCUGCUGGAUUUGGUAGCAAUCAAGCAGGAUUUGGAAGAACUGCUUGACUGCGAGGUUCAUGUCGUAACCGAGUCAAUGCUCAGUGGCUUUCGCAGCCGCGUCUUAAAGGAAGCCGUCGCUGUGGAAGUAUGAGUGAAAGAGAUGAAGAGUUCCUCAGGCAUAUCCUUGAAGCGAUUGCCAAAAUUGAGCUGUAUAUUUCAGUGGGACGAGUGGGCUUUAUGUCCGAAAUCCACUGGCAAGACGCCGUGAUAAGACAGCUUGAAGUCAUCGGAGAGGCUACUAAGAAUCUCUCACAUGAAUUGCGCUCCGCAAAUCCGCAAGUUCCUUGGCGGCGCAUGGCAGGAAUGCGCGAUGUGCUGAUUCACGAUUUCAUGGAAGUCGAUGUGGAAAUCGUAUGGGCUGUGGCCGUAAGCCGUAUUCCUGAGCUAGAGAGGAGCAUCCGCAGCAUGCUCGACGAUUAUCAAUAAGCGUACACAUAGAAGGUAUGCCCGACGGGGCAGGUGAUUCGCUCCUCGAUGUCAUGCUCCCAGGCGUCUGGGUCAACCUCCAGAUAGGGCAUCUCCGUCACUACGAACGCGGCUUCAUCGUAGGGCAGCGUUAUCGCCGUAGGCUCGCCGCCUAUCGGGCAGGAUAUUAUCUGGAAGCCCAUAUCCAACAUCAUAUUGCAUUGCCUCUCGUAACCGGGGACAGCGAUGCGCCCCCUGAUUCAUACUUAGCCCUUGUCGGUUCUGGUCAUCGCAUCUGCGGAAACAGCACCACCUCUCGGAUCGUCUUGUGGCCGGAUAAUAGCAUGGUAAGGCGGUCUAUGCCGAUGCCGAGUCCGCCCGUGGGGGGCAU